GUAUUAGCAUCUGUCCUAGAAUUUGGAUGAAAGAUUUAAGGCUCUUGUAUUUAGGUGCUGAAAUGGUGUUUAUUAACAGUGGUUGGUAUUCUGGAAAAGAUACUUUGCUAGAAUUCAUAGUAAAUAGGAUGCACAAACAUAAGUCUAAAAGUCUGAUAAUAUCUUAUAUUUUUGAUGAUAAUGAUACAUAUGCUCAUUAUUUUUAUUAUUUUAGUGGCAGUAAAGCUGGAGGAGUUAAUAUUUAUGUGAAUAUUCGUG